AUGUCCGUCCCGUGGACCCUCACCCUCCUGUCUACCUUGCUGGCGGCUCCCUUGGCUGGAGCCACCAUGAACCCUCCUGCAGUUCUCAGCCUCAGCUCUGAAGUCAUCCAAGAAAGGCUGAUGCAGAAGCUGAGGGACCAUGAAGCUAGCAACGUUCUCCAGCAGCUGCCGCUGCUCAGCGCCAUACAAAAGAAGCCAGCUGGGGUCAUGCCUACAUUUAACAACAUGGUGAACUUUGUCCUGAAGUACAUUGUCUGGAUAAAAGUCACUUCAGCUAAUAUCCUCCAGCUGCAGGUGCAGCCUUCAGUCAACAACCAGGAGUUAGUGGUCAAGAUCCCCCUGGACAUGACAGCCAGCUUCAACACGCCCCUGGUCAAGACCUUAGUGCAGCUACGCAUGGAGUCAGAGGUCCAGAUCACCAUCCGCGUGGAGAACUGGGGCAAGGCCCGCAGCCACCUCGUCCUCAGAGACUGCUUCAACAUGCAAGACAGCCUGCACAUUGGCGUGCUGCAGAAGAUCUCUUUCCUGAUCAGAACCUUAGCAGACAAGGUCAUAAACCUCCUGACGCCAGUGCUGCCCAGAUUGGUCAAUGAACAUCUGUGUCCUGUGAUCAACGAAGCCUUUGAGGACAUGCAGAACGACCUGCUGGGGCUGGUGAAGGCACCCGUUGCGGUCAUGUCUAACCACCUAGAGUUUGACCUUCUGUCUCCUGCCAUCAAGGGUAACAGUGUCCAGCUCAACAUGAAGGCCAAGAUGUUGGACUCUCAAGGAAAGGUGACCAAGCAGUUCAAUGAGUCUGCACCUUCCAUGACAAUGCCUGCUGUGAACAACGCCCGUGUCAGCCUCACUGUGAGGCAAGAUUUGUUGAAUGCUGCGGUAGCUGUCUUAAUUCCUCCAGAAGAAGUCAUGGUCCUGUUCGACUACAUGUUUCCUGAGCUAGCUCUCUGGCUGAAAUCGAGCAUCAAGUUGAUCAACGAAAAGGCUGCAAAUCAGCUGGAGCACACACAGGUCGUGAAGGUCUAUAGUCAUAAGACCCCGGAGCUCAUUCUGAACCAGGGCAGAGCCACAGUGGCCCAACUGAUAAUGCUGGAAGUGUACGCCACCAACCAAAUCCGCCGCCCCUUCUUCACCCUGGGCAUCGAAGCCAGCUCAGACGCUCACUUUUCCAUGGAAGGUGAUCAAGUUAUACUCAAAGUGAAUAAUAUCCGCUGUGAUCGGAUACACCUGUUGAACUCUGGCCUUGGCCUGUUCAACCCUGAGCUUCUGAAAGACAUCACCACCGAGAUCCUCGUCACUGUCCUGCUGCCCCAUGAGAAUGGCAAAUUGAAAGCUGGGGUUCCUGUGUCCAUGGUAAAAGCCUUAGGACUUAAGGAAAUGACUUGCUUCCUGACCAAGGAUGCCCUUGUGGUCACCUCUGUCUCGUCGUAG